ACUUUCUUGGUGCGUUAAAUUCUCUACUAUAAUAGUGGGCAUAUAUCCCCAUCUCACCUCUUCCCCAGCAGUACCCUACAACCCCCACCCCCACCCUCCUCUCUCUCUUCUUUCCCUCAGCUUCUUGUCUUUGAUAACUCAACCCCCAAAAGAAAGAAAACAUUCAGAAGAUCAGAUCCCAGUUGGUUAAUCUGUCAAACCUCCAUAUAUACAUACCUCGAUCAGUCAAUCUAUCAAUCAAUCAAAUCAAAAUCUGAGGGAAUCGUCAUCAUUAUCAUCAACAAACUGCUUAGGAAUAACAGUAUAACAAUUAUAAGAAGAAAAUAUGUCCUCUUCAUCUGCCGCUUUUGCACCGGACCACCACCACCUCUCUCCUUCCGAGCAGCUCUGUUAUGUCCAUUGCAACUUCUGCGACACUGUCCUCGCGGUGAGUGUACCUUGCACAAGCUUGUUCAAGACUGUGACAGUGAGAUGUGGGCAUUGCACCAACCUUCUGUCUGUGAACAUGCGUGGGCUGCUCCUCCCGGCUGCCAAUCAGCUUCAUCUUGGCCACUCAUUCUUCUCUCCUCAGAAUCUUCUGGAGGAGAUUCGAAACUCGCCCUCGAACUUGCUGAUCAAUCAGCCGAGUCCAAACGAGUCCCUGAUGCCUGUUCGAGGAAUCGAUGAGCUCCCCAAGCCUCCAGUAGCUAACAGACCCCCGGAGAAAAGACAGAGAGUGCCUUCUGCUUACAACCGCUUCAUCAAGGACGAGAUCCAACGUAUCAAAGCUGGAAACCCUGAUAUAAGCCAUAGGGAGGCGUUCAGCGCAGCUGCAAAGAAUUGGGCCCACUUCCCACACAUUCACUUCGGUCUCAUGCCUGAUCAACCCGUGAAGAAACCAAACGUAUGCCAACAGGAAGGAGACGAUGUUCUGAUGAAAGAUGGGUUUCUUGCUCCUGCCAACGUGGGUGUCUCUCCUUACUAAGACAUCUAGUACUGAAGAAGCUGUUUCAAAUUAAUGUUUCUAUGUUAAUCUGUCUUGCCUUUAAUUAGUUAGUUCCUGUCGUAAUUAGGGUUCUUAAUCUCUGUUAUUAUGCUGUCUUUAAUUAAAAGACUUGUUAACAUCGAUCCCGUUGCUUAAUCAGCUAGCGCUUCAAA